AUGAAAAGAACAUGGCUUAUAGUUUUCUGCCUGUUCAGUGUGUUCACAAAGUGUGUUGGCAGAAAUAAGAAAAAAAAGGAUGCACAUGUGUUUACCGAUGGCGAUGUUAUAAUAGGUGGUCUUUCGCCAGUCCAUUUUUCUCCAAUAGACGAAUCAACGAUAGAUCCAGAUGAUUCGUCUUGCCAAGGUGAACUGAAUACAAGAGGCUAUGAAGCAGUUGAAGCGAUGCUAUUCACAAUGGAUAUGCUAAACCACGGCCAUUUGAAAGACUCUGUACUUCCAAACAUAACCAUCGGAAUGGACAUUAAGGAAACUUGUACAACGGCAGACAAUGCUAUCCGAGAAUCGUUAAAGUUCUCCUUUAUUCAAAACGAAAAUAUGCAAGAACAGUGUUCUGGUGAGAAAGACAACAAGGUUCGAAAAACAAAAACUGUAGCUGUAGUUGGAGCGGCAUAUAGUGGCGUUUCCAUGGCAGUAACAAACUUAUGUGGGUUGUUCUACGUCCCGCUUGUCAGCUACGCAUCCACAAGUCGCCUGUUAAGCAACAAGGCGCAGUUUCGGUAUUUCUUCAGAACAGUGCCAAGCGAUAUGUUACAAGCACAAGUUAUGGUAGACCUGGUGAGGGCAAUGGACUGGAACUAUGUUGUUACUUUGGCUUCAGACACUGAAUAUGGACGAUCAGGAAUCGAUGCUUUCAAAGACGCUGCUCAAAGAUUGCACGACUAUCAUAUCUGUAUUCCUGUAGAUGAAACUUUCACAAAAAUGUCAAACGCAAAGACKUUUGAUAGCAUUUUUAAAAAGUUGAUGGCUCAUCCGAGAGCCAAAGUAAUUAUCCUCUUUGCGGAACUUCACGAUGCACAAAUUUUAUUUGAUAAAAUCCGGGAGCGAAAGAUGGAAACAAAAUACAUCUGGAUAGGGUCAGAUGCCUGGGCAGACUCCGAAGACAUUCUGAAAUCAAAUGAAGCGAUAUUAAAUAGAAUGUUYGCAAUCGUACCUGAAGUACGAAAAAACAAGGAGUUUGUUCAAUACUUUGUUGACUUCAAUGAAAAGAGAAGGUUGCGAAACCCAUGGACUGAGGAAUAUGAAGAUAUCAAAGUUGCUCAUGAUCCUGCAUUUCACCGGCAAACGUUCAUCCCUUACCCUAAAGCCCCUUACGUUAUGGAUGCUGUACUGACUACUGCAUACGCUCUUCACGAUAUGUUGGGUUGUACACCAUACAGGAAUUGUCGUCCGAUGAUGUACAAACUUUCAGCACCAAACUUUCGGAAAAACUUUAUGACAUAUCUGAAAAAGGUUCGCUUCCCUGCCAUGUCUCGUCGCUACAUGUCCUUCGAUGAAGCCCAUGAUACAAUAGGAAUUUAUGAUAUAAAACAUUUAAAACGUGUAGGAAAAAAUUAUGAGUACUUCAACGUUGGGCAAUGGGGGACAGAAGACUGUGUAUUUGACUUGGUCAAUGUAUCAUCAUCAAAUUGCUUGAAGCUCCAUCAAAAUCUUCUUGACAAUAGGCUAACGAGGCGAAACCUAUCCGAAAAUGAAAUCCCUUUCUCACGCUGUAGCCCGACUUGUUCGAAGGGACAUCACAAAAUUACCGAAAAAAACUAUGCAAAAUGCUGCUGGACAUGUAGAAAAUGCACUCGAAAUUCAAUCGCAAAUUUAACAAACAGUGAUGAAUGUACACCGUGUGCAAGGGGAUUUUGGCCUAAUUCGCUGAAUUCAAAAUGUGAACGAAUUCUGCCAAAGCUGAUUAAAAUGACAGAUGCACCUGCGCUAGUAAUUCUGGUAACCAUUGGUAUUGGAAUAUUGUCUGUUAUUGGGACAUUUUUAGUGUUUUUCUUGUACCGCGAUACGGCAGUGGUCAAGGCCUCAAGCAGAGAACUUUGUUAUCUAUUACUACUUGGAAUCUUCUGGUGCUAUGCCACACCUGUGCUGUAUCUCUUGGAGCCUACGGAUGAAAUUUGUCGAAUUAUACCAUUUGCUACAGGAUUAUGCCCAUCUUUGGUCGUUGGAACACUUCUAACUAAGACUAAUCGAGUUUCGAGAAUUUUCAACAGGAAACUUGAUAAAGCUGGCACACCUGCGUGUCUUUCCAAAAAGUGGCAGGUCCUUUUAGUUGUGUUUAUAACCUUAACAGAAAUCAUCAUUUGUACCAUAUAUAUCUUCUCCAGUGACACCGGUAGAACUAUUGUUACCUUCGAGUCUAGAAACGAAGUGAUUAUUAAGUGUAAACCAAUGCCUGACAUUUGGGUUGCUAUUUGGUGGGCAUACGUUGUAGGCCUAGUUGCAACAUGCACUCAUCAAGCCUUCCUGACAAGAAAGCUACCAGAAAAUUACAACGAAGCCAAGUUCAUCACUUUCACGAUGUUGACAACCUGUAUUGUGGUAAUCAUGUUUAUUCCGACGUACUUUGGUACGAGUGGUGUCUACCGAACUGUCAUCAUUUGUUUUGUAUUCAUAAUCGGAGGUUCKGCAGCACUUGGGUGUAUAUUUGUCCCAAAACUAUAUAUUAUCWUAUGGAGGCCAGAAAAGAAUAUUCCUAUGCAACCUAAAAACUCUAUUUCCAUAGGGAUAAUUACACCUAAGGACUCAAUAGUAAGAAGAUUAAGUGUGGAUCACUACGAUCCACUGCAACUGCGUUAUAAAAUCAGUACWAGGAUUAACUCAGAGCCCUUGACCAGUAGUCCCGCUUCGAGCGAUGAUAAAAGGCUUCAAGCGCGAUUAGCCAGAAGGUCACUUCCGGCAAUUAUGUACAGAAACAAUCAAUACACUCCAAAGGUUGGACAGCAGACGUCAUUGGGAAAGAUAGAGGAGGAUCACGGGAUUACUAGAGAAGCCACUGARCCUUUAUUCGAUAGUGAUGAACAUAGUGAUGACGAAAUAGAAUCUAAUUUCUCUCAUCAUGACGUCAGUGAUGAUGAUGACSUACAAAUGCGCCGCACAAGGCCUAGAAGGAAAACUGCCAUCGCACUUUUUACUGAAACUUUAAAUUCGCUGUCUAGCAGCAGGCGAACGUCUAUUUCUCUAGGCAGYUUGCGACAUUUAAGCGAGGGUCAAGAGCUUAUUGAGACUAGCAAAUCGGAAAAAAAUCUAAAUUCCAAUGUACGGAAUAGUAUUGAAUAUCUAAAUGAUACAAAUCUGAAAGAAACUAAAGAUAACUCCGAACAAUCUCAAGAUAGCAAUUCUAAUGACAAAAUCUCUGAAGAACAAUCACUURAUGACGAUGGCGAUGGCAAUAUCGUUUCAGUUUACCCUGCUAAACWAGAAAACGAAAUAAAUGGCGAUAUCGCUUCGGUUUACCCWGCUAAACUAGAAAACGAAAUAAAUGCCGAGGAACAAAAAGAUGUACAGAAUGAUUUGGUUCCUAUACACGGAAGUCAAAGGAGGAGUAGGAAAAUUUCUGUCUGCCACAUGUUUCAGGAGAAUGACCAUGAUGCCAACUAUAAUUUCGUUGUCGAGGGCUCACCAACAAUGCUGKCCUCUGAGAGGAUAAUGAAAAAUGGUUUUACCAAAAUACCUUCCAAGAUAACGGACAUGCUGAUUACCAGUCAACGUAGAGAAAGUUWCGAUUCCAGCGGAGAAUGA